CCAGAUAUUGUGACAGUCAAUUUCUUCGUCGAAAGGUAUCAUGGUGAAUCAGAUACCAUGCACUUCCCGUUUGGAGAGAUGACCUUGAUCCCUGAUGAUGCUCAGAACAUCCUAGGCUUGGGUGUUACAGGAAAAUCAAUUGCAGAAGGAGAUAAUCAUUCUUUUGAGCUAUAAUGGACGAAGUUCCACGAUCAUACUAAAAAGUUGCUUGGUUGGGACUACAAAACUUCUGUGGAAAGCUUCUGUAUAUCUAAGCUUAGUAGGACGAAGACCAUCAAGCUGACCCUGCUUAAGGAGAAGUUUCAAAACUCAAAGGAAAGAAGUUUGAAGGAUGGAUGGGACCCCGCAUAGAUUUGUUAUACAGCUGUUGCGUACCUGUUAUUCAUCUUGGGCACUAGGGUAUUCCCUGACACUAGUGGCAACAGGGUUAGUGCAAACUACCUUCAAUACUUGGAUCCAUUGGAAGAUGUCUUUAGAUAUUCUUGGGGCACCGUGGUAAUGGCACAUUUGAUGAUGGAGAUGAUAAGGGCCUCUUUGGCGGUUACAAACCAAUUUGUCGGGAAUUUCACUCUACUCCAGGUGCGGGCUUAUGAACAUUUCCAAAAAUUGUUCAAGGACAACCCCUUCUUGAAGAUUAUUCCCUUUGAUGAUCCUGAGGAGCCUAAAGCCAAGAGAUACCAUUUCAACAACCAUCCGAAGCCCGGUAACGAUCUUCGACUGACAGAUUUGAGAUUGGCUCUGGACGCGAUGAAUACCAAAGAUGUUGUGUUCGACCCUUACAAGGAGGCUAGAGAAAACCGCCAAUAUUUGAGGUCCCAUAACGUUGCAUUUUACAACGGGCCUUUGUUCCACCCAAAGGGAUACGUUAUGGCUGAUCCUCGACGUGUGAUGCGGAAACUUGGAUACAAGCAAUUACCCUAUUACAUGACAUCCUCUACUGAAAAGUAUCAGCUUGACCUUUUUGUGUCCAUGGCAAGUUCCACAAGGUUGAGGGUAGAGUAUGAUCCAAGUCCAGAACCAACACAUUGGAGGGAUAGGGAACUACGUCGUUUGGUAGAUGCUACUAAUUGGGAGCUUGUGAACAACGGUGAUGAAGCCGAACCAACCUACAUUGCUAAUUACUUGUAAUGGUCACAUCCUUUUGUCGUGCGCCCGGAAGACGUCGAAGUUCCACCCCAGAAAAAUCCUCCCGUUCCAACUCCUAUAGAGACACCACCUACGAUGACCCAACUUAAUAAGACCGUCGGAUUCCUAGUAGCUAUUGUUAAUUUCUUACUCGUUUAAUGUACACAUAAUUUUAUAUUAGCAUAUAUUUACUAAUUAUGUGUUGUAUGUAUGAAACUAGCGGUGUCGGCUUGGCAAGUUGAAGAAGAUGUUAGGUUGCAAGUACGAGGAAGGAGAGGUGCUAUCCCUUGAAGAAAUGAAGGAAUUCGUGGAAAAGCUUGAUAAAAUUGAAAAUCCAAGUGAAAGAACUUUGUUUGGGGAAACAAGGAAGGUGCCCGUUUCCAAGAAGCAAAAGACCAAGUGAUGACUCUAUAGUGGUGUUU